AGUAUGUACGUAUAUAUGUAUUCGUAACUACCCUACACAUCACUGUGAUCUAACCCUACUCGCCAUUUUAACUUCAUCUAGCCUUGUGGGUGUCUUAUUUCGACAUUAAAUAAUGGCCAACAAACUGCUUAUUUCAUGUUUGCGACAAAACAUUCCACUUCACAUCCGUGGAAUGUCAGGAGCCCAUUUCUUCUUUCCGGACCAAAUUGGCAAUAGAGAUGUAGUAGGCUAUGGAUAUAAUGGACAGGAAACAUAUAUGGAUCGUGUUGAUUAUCCUAUGCCUGCUAUUCGUUUCAAAGCAAAUACUCCAGAUGUCAUGGCAUUAAGGGAAAAGGAAAAAGGAGAUUGGAAAAAUUUAUCUAUUGAAGAAAAGAAAUCAUUAUAUCGUGCAAGCUUCUGUCAGACAAUUGCAGAAAUUAAUGCACCUACAGGAAUUUGGAAAAAAGAGCUGGGACUUGCACUUUUAGGAGUAGCCUUCAGUCUUUGGGUGUUCUAUUUCUUAAAAGUAUUUGCUUAUCCACCAUUACCAGAAACAUUCAAUGAAGAACACAGGCUAGCUCAGCUGGAACGUAUGAAAUUAUUGGAAGUUAAUCCUAUUAGUGGAAUUAGCUCAAAAUAAUUUGUCAUUUUUAUCCGACACAUA